UAGAUGAUAAACGUUUUAUUGGGAUCCUGCCUGGGGUUUUGCGGGCAGUAAGCAGUGCGCGUCGACGGCAAUUCAUUUCGCCAUUUCCCGACACUCAAACAACAGUCAACAAACAACUGCAGCCCCACCCGGGACAAGCGCCAAUUUCGCGCCGUCGGAUCGCGAGCCCUCCUCUCGAGUGACCUCUCGGCUUUCCGAUUUCUUCAAAACGCACUGACACGCGAAUCUAUACUGUCCUUCCAGAUGUCCAAGCCUGGAUGGAUGAAUGGAUCUUUAGAGGAAGAAUGGAUUGAGCAGGACGAGGCACAAGACAUGAGCAUUGCCCAUGAUGAUGACGCCGAAAGGUCCCCUAUACAGGAUCAGGAUGAGGGUGUUGCGCUCACGCGAUCCACAAGGAGUUCACAAGAUUCUGGCACUUCGGCGACGGCAGUAUCUGAAUCCGAACAGCAGGGAGGAACAUUUCUCGUCCGGGAGGACGUGCUUCAUGAGCCGGUCACACCUGCAAAGCGUUUAGUUGGUAUGAAAGGGAAGGCCAACCCCCUCACCAAAUCCUUCUUCAGUCCGCUGGCCUUGGAGAAGAUGUUCGAACCUCCUUCUCCACCCCUACAGAAAUCGAACGGGGCCCGUGUUCCAAGUAGACUUUCAGAGUCUCAUGUGCCGGAACGCAUUCCAUCCCGCAGAGGGCCAGGCCCUUCUGAUUCACAAGCUAAUGACCAACCUCGCGUGGAUGAAAUUGUAGAUUCAGACCUCCCAGAUGUGGUCAGGUCCGUCGACUUUCGCCCGGACACUUAUCAUUCUUUCACAUUCCAGACACCUAUUGCUUCUCCAUCCCCAGUUUCGCAUUCCACUCCAGCAGAACCCCCUUUAAGGCUAUUUCAGACCUAUGACACCUACACAAAGGACCAUCUUUACGCACUAGCAAACUCCAUAGAUGUCAAAUCGACCGUCGAUAGUCCCAGUGAGGAUGGAUAUAUUCGACAUUCUAAGCGUAUAAAAUUGUCUGCCCCUGAUGAUCUCAUCGAGGGUUCUUCCCGCUCGUCUCCCCGCGCGCGACGCUCUUCUGUCACCCCACCCAGUCGUCCCAGUAGCCGCAGGGAUUACUUAGGUGAAUCUCGUUCGCUUAUGCAGCAGAUCAGAGAGCACCGCUCGCUCUCGCUUGCUACCACUGUUCCCUCGGACGCAGCACCCCUCAGCAUCGUCGAAGAAAAGGAUGAAGAGGCACAGUUGAGUGAAGGCAAUAUCUCUCGAAGUGUUUCCGACCAUUGGAAAGACGAGAACUACGUCACGAGCCCAGCGAGGGGUGCGUCAAGCCAGGCAUAUCGCCUCCAGGCAGCUUCGCUCAUGGCCCAGAUCAGGUCAGAAGUUCAUGAGGACAUGCCCAAUGAGAGCCUACGUUUUGGGAUGGCUAAUCUGUCUCUGAGAGACGAUUCCGUAAGGAACGUGGCCGUUCCAGGAACUAUGCCUCAGCGUCACCCAACACGUUCUGAUGAUGCUUCCCCUUCUGCACCACGGAACCGUACCGCCUCUCUGGGAAGCGCCUCCAGGCCCUCGCGGAUCCUGGUCAAUGGUGAUAUUGCGAAUACCACCCCCACAAUCCGGCUGGAACCUAACUCACCCACAGAGCCAAUACCCCCACAGAACCAGGAUGACCUUAUCUUGCUUUCAACUCCUCCGCAGGAAGCGCAACCAUUAGUUGUCGACUCCUUGCGUCCUUCUGACGGAACACCUUCCACAUUCCAUCCAAUGUUCCGGCUGGAACUCAAUCUCAGGUCCAACAAGAUGUGGCACGGUUUGUUAUGACGGGAACUGCACAAAGUUCCGUGCUCCAGGCAGCCGCCCAGCGAUCUCACUCUGGAACGUCCACAGCAAGUAACGCCACAGGAGUCAAGCAUGCAGGACCAUCCCAUGGGGGUGUCAUUCGAACAAUCGCGCCUGGGGAUGUUGGCCCGAUAGAGCAGGUUGGGGACAUGGUUUGGGAUGCAGAACACAU